AUGCUUGAUGAAAAUUUAUCAUGCUUGUUUGAUGAGAGUGAUGAUGAGUGGAAGAAGAAAAAAAAAAAAAAAAAAGAGGAGGAGGGAAAUAUUCAACAAGAUGAUAAGAAAAGAAAUGAAAAGAACGUACAACAAAAAAAUUCAUCCUCUUCAAUAUUAAAUUUUAACAUUAGUAAUAUAAAAAAUUUGGACAAUUUUUUUAAAAGUAUUAAUAAUGAAAAUAUUAAUAAAAGUAAGAGUAAUCAUAAAUUAAGGAGUGUUGGUUUGGAUCAUGUGCAAAAUGUAAACAAGGAAAGGAUAGAUGAUAAUAACAAGUGUGAAUAUGAUAAUACGAUAUCGAAUAUGUUAAAUAAAAAGGGUGGAGAUAAUAUCCAUGUUACAAAUAAUGAACAUACAAAAAAACAAGCAAUCCUAAAAAAUAAAGAAAUAAAUAAGAAACAUCAUCAAGGUCAUAAAAAAUUAUUAGAUGAGGAAUAUAAUAAGGAUGAAAACUGUUCUUCAUAUGAAGAAAAAAAAAAACAAAGAUAUAAUACAAAUACGAUUAGAUCCAUAACAUAUAAUGAUAGAAAUAAAAAACAUAAAUAUAUUAAUAAUGAUGAUAAUAAUGAUGAUAAUAAUGAAGAUAAUAAUAAUAAUAAUAAUAAUGAAGAUAAUUAUAAUAAUAAUGAAGAUAAUUAUAAUAAUAAUGAAGAUAAUUAUAAUAAUAAUGAAGAUAAUUAUAAUAAUAAUAUUCAUUAUUGUGAUACAUUGAUCAAACAAAAAAAUGUAGAAAAAAAAGAUGAUAUGUAUAUAUACACAAAGGAUAAUCAUAUGAAUUCAAACAACGCUAAUUCUUUAAAUAAAGACCCACGAAUUUUAAAAAAAAAAAAAAAUGCAACAAAUGAAAUCAAUAAAACCAAUGAAAUCAAUAAAAUCAAUGAAAUCAAUAAAAUCAAUAAAACCAAUAAAAUCAAUAAAACCAAUGAAACCAAUUUGUAUAACGAACAUAUUACAACAAAUAAUAUGAAUAAUAAUAUUUCUAGUGAAAAAAUAGGGGACCCAGCUAUUUCUAAACCAUAUGAGAUACAUGAAAGUAAGAGAACCAAGCAUAUGACAAAAUUAACAAAAGAUAUGAAAAGCUUUUCACCAAUAUCAAAUAUAUGUGAUAAGUCCAUCAUUCAAAAUGUGUCUGUUAAUGUAGGAGACAAAACGAGUAAUUUAAAUAUGUUUAUAGAAUCGUACAAUAAAUCGGAAAUGACGAAAAAAAGGAAAGAUAAUAAUAAUAUGUAUGGUAAUAAUUUAGAUUGUAACGACGUGUAUAGUAAUAAUAUAUGUAAUAAUAAUAACAACAACAACAAUAAUAAUAAUAAUAAUAAUUAUUAUUAUGAUUAUAAUAAAGAAAAGGAAUUAAUUUUUUGCUUCUCAUUUAUUAAAUAUUAUUCAUGGAUUAAGGCAUUACAAAUUUUAAAUAUACCAAUAGAUUUUUUCCAUCUAGGUAUAAAUUCACAUAAGUAUAUACAUAAGAAUAAAUCGGAAGAAUCUUUUUUAUAUAAAUAUAAUAUCCAUAAUAUAUUAAAGAAUAAACAUUUUUCUAAUUAUAAAAUUGAAAGGAUGAUAGUUCUGGUUAAAAACAUUAUAUGUCGUAAUCAUGGAUAUUUUCUUAUUGUAAUGGACCCAUCCGGACAAAUGCCCGCAUCAGUACAUAAAGAAGUAGAAAUUGAAUAUAAAAAACAUAUAGAUAUAGGUUCAACAUUAUUAUUAAAAAAUGUCACAAUUUUUGAUACGAUAGAUAAUUUCCCUUAUUUGAUCGUAACACUCAGAAGUCUUGUACGAGUUAUUAAACCUGAGCAAACAGAUGCACUAACAAAGGAAAAAAUAUUCAACCAAAUAUAUUUAUAA